GGGAUGGUUGGGAAAGCAGCUGGAAAUCGGCUUGUGCAGUCAGCUUGCAGAAGGGGCUUCAGGCUGACAGGAGAGAAUGAGGGGGCUGAACCCAGGAUGGGGAAGGUGAGGACAUGGUCCACCGGACCAUGACCAGGAUGAACGUCCCCGAGGGGAAGCCGCAGCUUCGAGAGAACUGCUGAGAGCGGGCAGCUGAGUGGUGGGUUCCAGGCGAGGCUGUGUCCACCUGGGGCACACGGCAGGCACCACCGCACUGGCACCUCUUUUGUGGGCUCUCGGAGAACUUUCUGCGCCUCGUGACAAGAGACCCUGAUUCCGACUUAGCCCUCACUUUCCCUGAGCUGGCUUCACUGAGAUUUGAGGCUCUUGCUUCAGUGACAAAGGGGACAAUACCAUUCCUUUCAAAGAAACCAGAAAACAUCAUCCAGCACGGGCUCCACAGGGUCCUGCAGACUUCAUUUGCACUCUGGUCAGACGUAAGGAGUGCUGGAGCACUUCGGAGAAGAUGUCUACAGACAGUAAAAGCAUCCCGGCUGCUGAGAGCAAGGAGAAAACCCAUGAGGUUCCAGGUCAUGGGCAGUGCUGUGGAGACAUGCUCUCUGGGCAGGAGGAGACAGCCGUGGCAGCCUCUCAGGAGUCAACACAUCUUAAGGCAGAGCCAGAAGAACCACACCCUGAGGAGGUAUCACUGGAGGACAGAGCUCCAGGAACACAGGGCUGGAUGCCCCGGAGUCCUGGCUCUAAGGAGAAAGCCCUGUUCCUGCCUGGCGGAGCUCUUCCCUCACCCUGGAUUCCAGUACUUUCCCGAGGGGGGAGGACCAGAGAACGACAGGUGGCCGCGGCCCUCCUCACUGCCUGGUCCCAGAUGCCGGUGACCUUUGAGGAUGUGGCUCUAUACCUCUCCCGGGAGGAGUGGGGAAGGCUGGACCACACACAGCAACAUUUCUACAGGGAUGUACUACAGGAGAAAAACGGGCUAGCCUUGGGGUUUCCGUUCAGCACACCUUUCUGGGUCCCCCAAGUUCAGGGGAAGGGCGAGGUGGCAAGUUCCAGCAGACCACCAGGUGCUGAGGAGAGAAGAGGCCUUGGUUCAGGAAUUGUGGAAAUGAGGAAGGUGGUACCAACCCUAGCCUUGGCAACCCUAGAGGAUACGAAACCCUUAAGGACCAGGGCCAGGUGCGCUCCGGGGGAAGCGUCACAGUGUGGUCAGCAAGUGGCUAGUGGCCCGGGUGCAAAGAUGGCCAGAGACUCAGGGGACGCCAGGCAGCCCAAGCCCUUUCCACCCGACACACAUCCUCUCAAGAACCCAGAGAACUGCGGCCCAGGGAAACCCAGCGAGGAGGAGAAGGGCGCCCUGGAAAGUGGCGAGGAAGGUCUUGUUGUGGACGGUGAAGCGGGCAGGAAGACAUACAAGUGCGAACAGUGUGGCAAGGGCUUCAGCUGGCACUCGCACCUGGUGACGCACCGGCGCACUCACACGGGCGAGAAGCCCUACACGUGCACGGACUGCGGCAAGCGCUUCGGCCGCAGCUCACACCUCAUCCAGCACCAGAUCAUCCACACGGGCGAGAAGCCCUACACCUGCCCCUCGUGUUGGAAGAGCUUCAGCCACCACUCCACGCUGAUCCAGCACCAGCGCAUCCACACCGGUGAGAAGCCGUACGUGUGCGACCGCUGCGCCAAGCGCUUCACCCGCCGCUCAGACCUGGUCACACACCAGGGCACUCACACGGGCGCCAAGCCGCACAAGUGCCCCGCCUGCGGCAAGUGCUUCACGCAGAGCUCCGCCCUGGUCACGCACCAGCGCACCCACACCGGCGUCAAGCCCUACGCGUGCCCGGAGUGCGGCAAGUGCUUCAGCCAGCGCUCCAACCUCAUCGCGCACAAUCGCACGCACACGGGCGAGAAGCCCUACCACUGCCUCGACUGCGGCAAGAGCUUCAGCCACAGCUCGCACCUCACCGCCCACCAGCGCACCCACCGCGGUGUGCGGCCCUACUCCUGCCCGCUCUGCGGCAAGAGCUUCAGCCGCCGCUCCAACCUGCACCGGCACGAGAAGAUCCACACCACCGGGCCCAAGGCCUUGGCCAUGCUCAUGCUGGGGGCGGCAGCGGCAGCGGCAGCGGGGGCGCUCACCGCACCCCCACCUGCUCCCACUUAGAAGCCACAGAGAGACAGAGAGCAGUAGAGUACCCAGGGUAGCGGGGACUGUCCCCGCUGAUGCUGGGGCCCGGGAAGAAGAUCCAGGGUCCUAGCCAGUGGGAUGGACCGGGAUGAGGGCGGGGAGCUGUAAGGGUCCAGCGCUGGCACCAGGUGGGACAUGGUGACGUGGGAGGAGAGGGCAAGCACUCUAGCUGCUGAUUAAAGGCCUUGGAUUUCAAGCUGUGGCCUGUGGCUCUGUCUGCCUGGUGCUUGAGCCGAUCUCUGAGCGUCCGUCCGGCAGCUCUUGGUUCCACCAGGGUCCUCGUUCAGGCAUUCCUGAGUCACCUCUUUUGGUCUGGAAGCCUCUCUUCCCUGACUCUUGGGGUCAGGGUCCCUUUUGUCAAAGGCCUAUUCCAGAACAUUGGGACCUUUUUUUAAAAAAAUAACUUUUGUGGUUGUUGGUAUCUAUGUAUGUGUAUGUGUGUGGGCACGCACGUGCCACAGCGCAUCGGUGGAAGUCAGUCAGAGGACAACAUUUCGAGUGUGGGUCCCAGGUAUGGAACUCAAGUUGUCAGGCUUGGUCGGCAGUAGGCAUCUUUACCUGCUGAGCCAUGUCACCCUGGUUUUGUUUUCUGAGACCCGGUUUCAUGUAACCUGGAACAAGCUUUGUAACCAAUGUUCCUGGCCUCUACCCUCUGCGUACUCCGAUUAUGGGUGUAAACCACCCAGCCCGUCUUGGGGCCAUUAGGUCUGUAAGCAAAGGCUCUGAGUUCAGGUUUCCCAGCUGGAAGACAGCCAGUCACUCCUGAAACUGAAGCCAGGGAAAGGGGUCCCAUCCGCUGGCAUCAUGUCCCAAGGGCACUUGGCACCCGCUGAGCCCUAGCCUCUGCUUUGGCUUUUACAUCGGGACCCCGAAGCAUCGAAUCUGCUGCCUCAGGCUCCUGGCUGUUGGGUGGGUGUCUCCUCUCCAUCUGCUCACCUUGGGGCCUGCCAGGGGACUGAGGGUUCCUCCAGGGACCGCUCAUCUCCUGGGUAUGUGCCGUUUAUAAUGUGCUGUACCUUCCCUUUUGAACAAAAGUUCUGAUUUUUAACCUCUAGCAUCCAUUCCCAUUUGCUCCUUUUAAAACCCAGGAUCCAGCCUGUGAUCCUGCACUGUGGCUCAGUUGCCAAGAGAACAUUCAGCUCUGCUAUCAGAGGCCUCAGGGAACCAUACUCUGUCUGCAGCUCUGGGUGGCGCCUAAGCUUCUAGGGGGUACAUUUCUGUAGCUUGACUACGAUACAGACAACAGUAACAAUAGCUGGCCGGGCAUGAAGCAGAGGCAGCAGAUACACUGUAUGCACUGUCUACAUUAAUUACCUCUACUCUCUGACUGGGAUUGUUGCCUAGGUUUUAUUUGUUUGUUUUAUGUGCAUUGGUGUUUUGCCUGCAUGUGUGUCUCUUAACGCUGAGCCACCUCUCCGGCCCCUGAAUCACAGGUCACACAACCAGAGGGCUGGAAUCGGUGGCAGAUUGGGUCUGGAAGGGUUGUUGCUGUGUUUUUGGUUUUUUGUUUUGUUUUUUUGUUUGUUUAUUUAGACAAAUUGUAUAGCUCUGGCUAUCCUGGAACAUGCUCAGGAGGCAGAAGUAGGCAGAUCUCUGAGUUCAAGGCCAGCCUGGUCUACAGAGCAAGUUUCAGGACAACCAGAGCUACACAGAGAAACCCUGUCUUGAACAAACAAAAAGUUUUAUUUAGACAGGAUCUCAGGGAGCUGAAGUUGGCCUGGAACUCAGUAAAGGAUGACUCUAACCACUGGUCAUACUGGCUCUGUCUCACAAAUGCUGGAAUUACAGAUGAUCUCUACCGUGCCUAGCUAGAUGGUUAUUUAUCAAAGAGGCCAGGAAGACAGACUGCUACCUCCAUCUUGUCUGCACCUGACCAAUGUCACUCAGCCAGCAAUGGGAUCUCUGUGUGGCUCAGUGUGAGGGGCUGAGGGGGCUCUCACCUGUGACGGGCUUCUCUCCAAGAACACUUUAAAGAGGGCGAAGGACUGCUUGCAAAGACUUGUCAAAAUUCGCGGGACCUUAGCGUACUGACUCACUAGCACGAUGGGUAUUGUGGACUGUGAUUUCAGUUCCUCAGGCUGUGUGCCUGGUGCACUGGGGAUGUGCAGUGACCCACUGGGACAGAUUACACAAGAGUACGUUCAGAAGAGAGGGGCGCCUUGAAAAUGUUUAACGAGCAACAAAUAAAAUGAAGUGUUAGUGCUGUGGGA